GUGUGCCAAGCUUGCUUUCUGACACAGAGAAAAGUAGCUUGCGAAGACGAAAGAUAAAGAGAGAAACUAACGUUGCUGAAAUAACCCUCCGUCGAAUUGGAGAUCGAUUAAACUCAGUUGCGGACGGGACGCUGAAUGUCCUGCGAGGUGGUGCCGACUCAGAAAGUCUGGUUGUAGUGUUGAACUCCGUGAACUCAGAACUCAGAGCAUUCGUGCAGCUGAGGUGUUGAUGCUAAGGCUCUGGAGGUAACCAAAUGUUGCCGCAGCAGGCAUGUAGGCCUAUCACUGAACAAUGGGAAGAACAACUAAGUCUGCUGUGCGUAAAGGCAAAGACAUUGAGAACAGCAAACUUCACCUGUCUGCUGUCCAAUUAGGACCAGUUGGACCCGCCACAUCGACUCCUGCUGUCAAGGCGACGAAGCGGAAACGUCCCGUUGUCAUGCCCUCACCUGGCAUGUCACCGCUCAAGCCACUGCAAGAGCAGAUGGAUGACUCCAUGGUCGACCUAAAGCCGCCGUCGUCGUCAUUGCCGUCAUCCACACGACCGUCUCCACUGGCCGCAGAACAGAUCCUGUCGUCAGGGCGUGUAAGCAGUGCCAUUAGUGCUACCCUAUCUCCGUCCCUGUCAUCGCGCUCUCUAUCGGAUGAUGCCAUUUCAGUGGAUUCAAACGGCUCCGGCGAUGCUGCUAACUGUAUGCCAUCCUCCUCCACUGAACGGCCUACUAAACGGCGUCGACCGAGAAAAGAGUCUAUCAACGCAGCAGUGGAAAAGCUCAAGGAUGAUGUGAAAGACCACUUCGAAGAAAUCGAAGCUUUCUCCCUGGAAUUUGUUUAAGUCUCAAGGAUUUCUAACCAACCGGGUACUCUCUCUCUCUCUCUCUCUCUCUUUCUCUCUCUCUCACACUCACUCACUCACUCUCUGAUGGUGCGAUAGCGAUGCACUAUUUGUUUGUUUCGGCCACACUUUAUCGCAGGACACAUUAGUAUAUACGCACAUGUCACUGCUGAGCACCGCGUUGUAUGUACUUGAUUAGGUGUACAAGUAGCAGCACUUGAGAGCUGUUCCCUUCAUAUGCAUUGUUGAUGUUGUCUAGACAUUGCAAGUCAGAGCCAUCACCUUCAACUGUGUUCCAUAACAAUCUUACUUUCUGAUAAUUUCUAAUAUACAUCCUAAACCAACAUGGCAGUAAAUACAUGUACGCACAAAAUCUGUAGCGGCUACAACGCUCUCUCUCAGUGAGUAACAAGUUCAGCAUAACGCUCUCUCAGUGAGUCACCGGUCUAGUCACUUAGUUUUCAUUUCGUUUUUAGAAUUCCAGAGAAGCACUAUCUUCCACUUCCCAAGUGUUGUGUUUGUUGCACGUAGGCGUUUUUCCAAAAUGGUUUUCACCACUUCUUCACUUAGAGUCGCUCAAUGCAAAAUCCAGUAUAAAACUAGUGCUGUUUUUGCACCUCUCCUUUGCUCCACAGUUACUUUGCGAGGUGGCCUUGACACGGUCCAUCCAUCAAUCUGUACCUAACGUUAUAGGUAGUAAUAUUGUGUGCAUUGAUGUGUGUGUACUGUUGAUCCUAUAAUUAUGUAGAAAUUAGCCUUCACGGGCGCUUUUCCGAA